GCAAAAACAAGAACCAUCAGUGAUUGAUGAAAAGCUAAUCCCGUUUAACGUUUAGUACACAUUAAUCUGCUACAUUUAAAACCCAAGGUUUGGCUCGACUAUGGUUUAUAUAAUAAGUCGUUGUGUUAAGUUACCUUAUGUUGACAGUGUAACGCCGCUAAGGUUUAUAAGCAUACAAAUGCUACCGUUAAGCUAAGGAGUCACAUUAGCUGGCUAGCCAGGUGACAAUAUGAAUUGUUAUGAAGGUAUUUCGCGUCAGUAAACAGUUUAUUAGUCAUCGUUAAUUCCAAUUUUUAACCCCAGUAAUUUGAUUUAUAUCAUUGUAUUGCUCCUUAAGGAAAAUUAGAACAACAUCAAGUGGAUGUCUGACAACUGGUUUACAACGUAAACAACCUGUUGUAGCCAUUUUCAAGAAUAACAAUUAAAUUGGGUCUUUACUCCUUCGCUCUAAUUAUUAUUUUAAUAAGACACUGGACCCUGAUAGCCUACACCAUGUCGGACCUGGACACCCUCAUUGUAACUUUCCAGACCCAGCUCUCGGAUGUGAUGGAGACCGUGGUGAAGACAGCCAUGUUUGAGGUCACCAGGCUGGUAGAAGACGGCUUCUUGGAGGAGAUGCAGCGCAGGAACCAGGAGGUGGAGGCCCUGAGGAUGGAGCUGCAAUGGGCUGAGAGGAAAAUAAGGGACCAAGGUGGGAACACUGGGAAGUGUGUCGACUGUGCUAAGGAUGCUGUGAAACUGUGCAGUGACACAGCAGAAGAAAUGCCCAAAGAACAACAGGAUGAAGUUUUGGAGGGCUGUGGUGUAAAAGAAGAAGAAGGUGACUCUGGGGAGAGUUGGAAAAUAUGCAGCACACAGGAAGUCCUACCAGAGUCAACACAGGAAGCAGACCCUCGUGCUGCUACCCUCAGCCCUGAGAGGAGAUCGACGACAACAGGAGAAGAAGACCGGUUGCCAAUGGUGGAUGUGAAGGAAGAAGAAGUGAAUAACCACUCCAAUUCUUCUGUUCAUUGGAGUGAUUCCCUUUAUGGUGAAGAAGGACCUCAAUCACACAGCUCUACUGAGAUGGCACAACCAAAACACACUCAAGAAAACACUGAGGAAUUAUUUAGGAAUGUUAUUAAGCAAGACUCACAAAUCUCUUUUUCAGCAUUAGAGGAAGAAGCUCACGUGGUUACGAAUCCAUCUUUAGAGGUGGACGAUGGUUGGGCGAUCAUAACACCUGAACUGAUACCGAAUCACAGACUUUCAACAGAAAUUGACUGUGAUUUGUCUAAAAUUAGUAGUCCCACUGUUACUGUGGAUGUUGUGGUUACCCCAGAAAGAGUUCACAUGUUAUCCUCACGGUCCCCAAAGGCAGCACUGCAAAACAGUGAUGCCUCAUGUGUGACCAUCAAGCAAGAGGUUGUUGAUUCUGACGGCUACGUGGAAAGUGAGCCUAAAGGAAAGAAAAAGUCUAGGAUGACGUCUUUCUCGUGUUUAGUAAAACGGCACAGAGUGAGCUUGGAAGCACUCAGGCAGAACCACAUUUCCCACAAAGGCACAGGUCUCAAAAUGCAUGGCGCCCUACAGCACUUCCACAGACCCACGAAAAAGCCGGCUCACGCCAACAGCUAUGGCUCCCCCCUGUCUGUAGCUCACGUUGGAAACCCCCUCAACAGAACUCCCUCUACGUCUAAAUCUGCUCCGUCUCCAUUUCCACAACUGUCAUUGCAGAGAGGUCAACAGGCACAAAACCGAACCGCUGCCCCAUGGGUCAGCGUCAAAACAGAUCCUUCCGAAAACUCCCAUCACGCAAACCCUUUACCCCACCCAGACUCCGGACCGAGGCACCUCCUGCGCUGUGGUCAGUGCGGGAGAUGCUUCCCCCACCCCAGCAACCUGAAGGCCCACCUACAGACGCACACAGGGGAGCGGCCUUUCUGCUGCGCCCUGUGCGGACGCAGCUUCACCAAGCUGAGCAACCUCAAGGCCCACCGGAGGGUCCACACCGGGGAGAGACCGUACUGCUGCAUGGCCUGCGGAAAACGCUUCACGCAGAAUUGUAACCUGAAACGCCACCAGAGGAUCCACCUGGAUGUAUGAUGGACAGGUGAAACUAAAAUGGACACGAUGUCGCGAUGGGCAGCUGGAACCUUGUCAAGUUUUGGGCAUGUUUUUUCAUUUGUGGUGAAACAUAUUUGAAACCUAAGCAAGAACAGUACAUGAUUUUCCAUCAGCUUUUUUUAGGGAUGCACCAAUUUCAUUUUUCCCAGCCGAUGCCAAUUCCAGGUUUUAGAGUAACAACUUGGCUGAUAACAAUGUUCAGAAUGACACUUUUUCGGAUAUUCAGAAUGAAGAUUUGACCAUUGCUGAUAUUUAAAGGGGACCUAUCAUGCAAAAUGCACUUUUGUACGUCUUUUACACAUGAAUAUGUGUCCCCGGUGUGU